AUGUCCAAAAAACCACUCUCGAACCUCAUCAUCCCCCAGCAGCAGCAGCAGCAGCAGCCAGACAUCCACGCCAUCAACCAAGCACUCAGCUCACCCAUCAACUCAGCCUUCCCACUCCACACCACCGCCACCAACAACGACAUCGAAUCAGAAGACGAGGAGGACGACGAACACGAACAGCCAUCAACAAGCCACUACAGGCAGUUCGGGGACAUCGAAAACGAGGAGAUCCUCCACUCGGGAUAUCUGCUCAAGAAGGGCGAACGCAGGAAAACCUGGAAGCGGAGAUGGUUCGUGCUCAGGAAGACCUGUCUGGUCUACUACAAGAACGAGAAAGAAUACUGUCUGCUGAGAAUCAUCCCCCUCACCGACAUCCACACCUGCGCUGAAGUCGAGGUCAAGCAGUACGACAACACCUUCGGCAUCGUCACCCCCGCUCGCACCUACUACGUCCGCGCCCGCUCCAGAACAGAACGCAACCAGUGGACCAGCAGAGUCACCGCAGCCUCCCUCCUGCUCAAAUCCAUCGAAAACAACCCCCACAGACCCACCCAUCCCUCAUCCGCCCCCAAACCAUCCAGCAAUCCCACCACGCCCUCAGCCAUCACAAUCACCAACCAACCCUCAUACCCGAGCGGCCUGCCCCCCACCCCGGUCUGCUCGCCCAACCAAACCACCACCAACCCGAUCUCGAUUGUCCAGCCCGGCGAGCCCUCCUCCUCCUCCUCGGCCCUCUCCUGGGCCUCCGACCACUUCAACCACCUCUGCCACCCCUCCCCCAACGACAACACCGCCACCAUCACCAAGGCCUCCAUCCGCAGAGGACUCUCCCUCUCCGCCCACCAGCCAAGCCACCCCUCCUCCGCCAUCCCCUCCGACUCCCCCACCUCCUACCACCACCCCCCUAUGCCCUUCCGCGCCACCACCACCACCAACAACAACAACAACCUCAGCAGCACCGGAUCCAGCACCGGCAACAACCAGCAAUCAUCCGAGACUAGCUUCGCUACCUCCCAGCCUCCCUCGCACAUCACCCAACACUCUAUCCCAGCCCUCAUGAGCUCAUCCGAGGAAGACAACGAACCAGACGACUCUCUCCUACCCCCCAUCCGUCGGGCCACCUGCGGCCCAAACACCCACGACCAUCUUCUCAACCCCACCGAUAAUCUCGCCAUCCCGCUCCCCGUCGUCCCCGAACGCAAGAUCUCCCUCCCCGAAGCCGGCAAAACUAUCAUCCAAGGCUAUCUCAUGAAACAGGGCAAGCGAAAGAACUGGCGCAAACGCUACUUCAUGUUGACGAGCCAAAACCUCGUCUAUUCGCGCACGCACAUGGAUGUGGGCGGCCGGCAUACCCGGCAGAUCCCGAUUGGCCGGUUGUUGGAUGCGAUCGAGCAAGACCAGCCGCCGGAUUCGCCGGGCAUCCUGAGCGGCUCUGCUGCGGUCGUCUCUGGCGGCGGCGGAGGAGGCGGAGGGGGCACGAGCAGCAGCCACUCCACCGGGCCCGCGGCCCACGAAGACCAUUACUUCAAGAUCAUCACCUCUCAGCGCAACUAUCUGCUCAAUGCGCCGACCGAGGACGACGAGAUCCGGUGGAUCUCGGCCGUCCGCUGUCUCCUUGAAUCCUAUCGCGCUAACCUCCCUAGAUCGUUCGACGGCAUCCUCGAUCGUCCUAUCGAUACCUGA